CUCCGAGGGAGUGGGCGGAAGUGUGGAAGACGCCGUGGGGUGGAGGCAGGCGGGCGAGACGAGAGGCACGAUGAGUGGUCUCGGCCGGCUCUUCGGGAGGGGGAAGAAAGAGAAGGGGCCAAGCCCUGAAGAGGCAAUACAGAAACUAAAGGAGAUGGAAAAAAUACUGAUCAAGAAACAGGAGUUUUUGGAGCAGAAGAUUCAACAGGAACUACAGACGGCCAAGAAGCAUGGAACCAAGAAUAAGAGAGCUGCCCUACAGGCUUUGCGGAGGAAAAAAAGAUUGGAACAGCAGCUGGCACAAACCGACGGGACAUUAUCCACCUUGGAGUUCCAGCGUGAAGCCAUUGAGAAUGCCACCACCAACACAGAAGUGCUUCGGACCAUGGAGCUUGCUGCCCAAGGCAUGAAGAAAGCCUACCAGGACAUGGACAUUGACAAAGUGGAUGAACUGAUGGCUGACAUCACAGAACAGCAGGAGUUGGCCCAGCAAAUCUCAGAUGCCAUUUCACGGCCCGUGGGGUUUGGAGAUGAUGUGGAUGAGGAUGAACUGUUGGAGGAGCUCGAGGAGCUGGAGCAGGAAGAAUUGGCCCGGGAGUUGUUAAAUGUGGGCGACAAGGAGGAGGAACCCCCAGGCGAAUUGCCCAGCGUACCCUCCACACACCUGCCUGCGGUGCCAGGUCUCGACACUGCUGAAGACGAUGCAGCACUAAAGCAGCUGACAGAGUGGGUAUCCUGAUGAGUCUGGACUAAUCUUCCUGGCUUUCUUUUCCUCAAGUGCCAAGUGCUGAGUUAAAGGAGUGUGGCCUUUGUAGGAGGGCCACAGUGUAACCCAGCCCUUCCGUCCCUGGCUCACCUUGGCAGAGAGAUCUGGGUGUGGGAACUGGAGCAGUUACUGGGCCCUUGUUUCCAAUAAAACUGGGCAGAUAGAAAGCA